AUGGGCGCCUUGAGCAGCUCGUGCUACGUCGGCCGCGCAGACGUCGCGCCCAUGUACCUGCACCCGAAGCGCCGCCUCCAGUCAUUCAAUGGCGCGGCGCGGCGAACAUGGGAGAGCGCCCAAGGCUGCUGCGUGGUGCAAUGGAAGCGCGACACCCAUGCCGAUCCCGCAGGCGACUGUGACGAACUCUACAGCGAUGGUAUGCUGCCCGCCAUCCGCAUCAUCCGAAAGCUCCCCACGUGCUCGUGCAUCUUGUCGACGGGCCUUCCGCGCAAGAUCAUCCAUCAAGCUAGCCUUAUACGCACGUCGUCGUCCAAAUCCCAUGUGGCUGUGGCCAAGCGCAGCCGCAAUGUGGUGCGCUGGGACUAG